AUGCAAAAGAACAGAAACGGAAGUUCCCAUUCAAGGCAAAUGCCAGUAAGUCAAUCUACUAUUCCUCAACCAAGAAUAAUAUCACAUGCACAUAUUGUACCAAUUUCAUCAAAUAAGAAUUGUUUUAAUUUAAUUAAAAAAGAAAUUAAACCAGUUGAAGAUAAUAAAAUUCAUGUUCCUACUGUAAAUAUUUAUUCAAAUAGAAAUGUACUUUCAAAAGUAUGUAUAUCUAAAAUUAGUGAUGAUAAGAUUUUUAAAAAAGAAUAUAAACAUAAUAAUAACAAUGUAUCAUCAUCUAUUCCAUCAUCUUUACCAAUUCCCAAAGGUAGUAAAAAAAGCAAUAAUGAAGUGAUGGUACAAUGUAAUGAUAAUGAAAGAAAAGUCUUUAAAAAUGAAAUAACAAAUAGAAUGGAUAAUGUUACUCAAAAUGGUUUAAAAAUAGGAAUUGGACAGUUAAUAAGACCAAUGACAUCAAAACAUCAAUUUUCAAUACCUAAAAAUAAUGUAAUUACAUCAACUGUCAAAAAAGAAAAAGAAGAAAUUUUAAAACCUAUAUUGACUACCUCAAAUAAAACAAGUAAAAAUUUAUCAAGUAAUGGUACAUUAAAUCAACAACAAACAUUAAUUAAAUUUUCUAAAACAUCUUCUACUUUAUUAUCAACAAAAAAUAAUCCUUCUGGAUUAAAUAAUACCACAAAGGAAGGUACAGCAUUAAUAAAAAAAACUAUUCCUUGUAAUAUAAAAAAACCAAUUACUAAACAACCAACAAAAUAUUUAACAUCAUUAAAAUCACCAACUAUUUCAACAUUUACAUUAAUAGAAACAAAAGGAAAUUAUAGUAACAAUAUCCUGAAUCGUGCAAGAGAGGAAUUGUCAAAAACAUUAUCUUGUAAAGAAAAAGUUGAAAAAGUCGAUGAUAACAUUAAAAUGGCAAAUAAAAGUUCAACUAUAAAUGAUAGUUGCUUAAAAAAUAAUAAGCUUACUUUAAAUUAUGAUACUGGUAAUAAGAAAAGAAUAGAGAAUAAGUCAAAAGAUUUAAAUAUAGUUAGUUUUGAUAAUGAGAAUUCUAAAUUAUGUGAUAAAAUAUGUAAUGAGAAUGAUAAUAAGAAAAAAGAGAAUAUUUCAUCAACUACUACCAACUAUGAUGAAGUACCUAAUGAGAAAGGGAUUGCUUUUUUAGAGGAAAAAAUAAUUAUUGAUAAUAUUUCAUCAAAUGAUAUAAUAAAAGAAGAAGAAAAUAUCAAUGAAAUAAAAUUAGAAGAUAAUACAAAAUGUUUUUAUAUUAAUCAAAAUUCAUCAAAAUCUCCUUCACCAUAUUCAAUUUCACAAAAUACCUCAACAUCACCUUCAACCUCCUCAAUUGAAGGUAUACCAUAUCCAAAUAUAAUUGAUAAAAAUAAAAAAUUUUUAUUAAAUAAAAAUGAUAAAGAAAUUUUUGAUGAAAAUAAAGAAAUUUCUCAGGACCAUUUAAAUAUUAAUAAUAUUUUUGAGGUUAAUAAAUUUGAAGAAAAUAAUAAAUGUGAAAAUAUUUUUGAAAAUGUUCAAUUACCAAUAUUAAAGUCACCACAAAUUGUUGCCCGAUUACGUUAUGAGGAGGCAAAUUAUUGUAAGAUAAAUGAUAGUAAUGAUGAAAAUUGGAAUUAUAUGAAAAAAAAAGAAGAAAUUAAAAAAAAUAAUGAAACUGAUAAAUUAGUUGAAAAAUUAUGUCAUGAUAAUAGAUUAAAUAAAAGAAAAAAUAAUAAGAAUAAUCAUCAUUAUGUUAAUUUUUCAACUUUAAAUGAAUAUCAAAAUGUUAUUAAUAAUAAAUUUAUUUUAGAAGAUGAUAGUAGUUCAUUAUCAAGUGAUAUUUCUGAUAGUCGUGAUAUCUUUUCAAGUGAUGAUUUAUCAGAUAGUUCAUAUACAGAUUGUUCUCAAAAACCACCAAUAUCACCUAGAAGUAAUUUUUCAAGUAAUAAUAAAGCAUAUACAAAACGUCAUAUAUUAACAGAAAAAGAACGAAUGAAUGAAUUAUUAAUGAAAAGUAGAACAUCACAACGUAGUAGUGCUUACAGUAACUAUUCAUCCGUUAUACAAAAUUCAACAUGUAAUCAACAGUCUAGAAAAUCUUUAGAUAAUAAUAUAUCAUCAAGAAAUUCUUCAUCUCUUCAAUUGAAUUAUCAUUGUCCACCACCAAUUUUACAAGUUAAUUAUAAUUUAGAACAUGGAUACGUUAAUAAUUUAAAUCAAUUUCAAGUUGAUAAUUAUGAAAAGAAAUGUAUUAAUGAAUGCCAUUCACUUGAUAGAGUCAGCUGUAUUAAAAAGAAACAAAGUAUCGAAAAAGACAAUCAAAAUCAGCUGCAUUGUAUUAAUCUUGUUAAAAAUGAUGUAAUUGAGAAAAAUGAUAAUAAAGGAUAUGGGUUAAUGGUAAUGAAUUCAAUAAAAAAUAGACCUGCUAGUUGUAUAAGUAAUCGAAAAAAUAGUAAUGAAGGGAGAUAUCAAACAUUUAGUAUAAAUGAAAAUAAAAAUAUAUAUUAUGAUAAAGAAAUUAUAAAAGGUCCUCUUAAUUGUCAUGGAAAAUUUGAAUUUAAUUAUUAUAAUAUUCUUGAUGAAGAAUUAGAACAAGCUAUUCUUGAAUUAGAACAUUUACAAUUUAAAAUGGAACCAAUGGAUUUUAGAGUAAAAAAAAUUAAAGAACAACUUAAAAGAUUACAAGUUUAUAAUUCUAUUGUACAAAAAAGAAAAAUGAUGGAAAAUAAUAUGAAUAUUAAACAUUCAUCACAUGAAAGUUUAAAUAGUAUUAAAUCAAAAAUAAGUUUUUCAAGUAAAGAAAGUAAUGCUAUAAAAUCAAAAUUAUCAGAAAUUGCAACUACAAUGAAAAAAACAUUAAAAUCAAAUCCAAGUAAUCCAUUUAAAAAAGCAUUUAAACAAAAAAAAAGUAAAUUAUCAAAUAAAAAAGAUGGAGUAGAAAGUGAUAAUACAUUUAAUGAAACAACAAAUUUAAAAAAUAAUCUUAUAGAGAAAGAUAAACAAUUAACUGAAAUGAGACUUGAAGCAUUAAAUAAAGCAAAUGAAGUUGAGGAAUUAAAAGAAACAAUUAAAAAACUUGAAUCAGAAAAUUUAAGUUUAAAAAUUCAUUCAACAAUUAAUUCUGAUAGAAGUAGUAAUGGUGAUUUUACAUUAUCAUCAAAUCAUAACUCUUGGAAUUCUGGUAAUUCAAAUAGUAAUAAUAAUUCAUUCUCUUUUAAUGGAAUAAAAUUUUCUGAAACAGAAUAUAUAAAAGUAUUUAUUGUCAAUGAUACAUCAGGUACCAUUCAUUGUAAUGAUGAAUAUUCAAAAACAUUUAUUGGUUAUUUAAAAAUUUCAAAAAUAGGAGCUAAUUGGAAGGCAUUUGACAAUAAUAUUUGUGAAAUUUUUAAAAAAUAUAAUAAUAUAAUAGAUAGUAAAAAUAUUUUAGGUCUUCAUCAUACAUCAUCAAUUCUUGGUUAUUCAAUUGGACUUUUUAAAAGAAAUUUAAAUAGUAUAUCAUCACCUAAUAAUCCAUCAACUAUAUGUACACCUGAAAAAAAAAUUAAUAUAUUUUUAAAAGGUGAUAAACAAAAAUCUUUAGAUUCACUUACAUUUAAUACAUGUAUAAGUAAAAAUAUUCUUAAAAUAUUUAUUGAUAAUAUUGAAAAAAAUAAAUAUAUUUUGGUAAAUGGUGAUAUAUCAAUUAUGAAAGAUAAUUUAAUAAUACAAAUUUCAAAUAAAUUAAAAGAAACUUAUGGAAUAAAUUUUAUUAUUGAUGGACAUGAUUAUGAUAUUUGUAGACAAAAAUUAUUAGAAGAAAUUGAUAAAAUUUUUAAUACAAUUUCAUUUAAAAAAAAAACAAUACUUUCAUUAUUACAUUUAAGAAGUGAUGAAUUUAAUUAUCUUUCUGGAAAAAUAUCAAAAUUAAACUGUAAAGAAAAUUGUUUAAUUGUAUUAUGUUGUCUUGAGGAAGGAUUUACUUCAAAUAAUCAAUUUACAAAUGAUAAUAAUGUUUUUUCAACAUUUAAUAUUGAUAAUAAUGAUGAUAUAUUAAAAAAUAUUGUUCAAAGAAAUAUUCUUAAUCUCCAAAAUCCCGAUGACUUUUUAGAGUGUUUAGAAGAUGUAACAAAAUAUGAUAAUUUAAUAUGCCAAAAUGAAAAAGUAAUUAAAUUUUUGGUAUUAAUUUACAAAGAAUUACUUAAUUUCUUCUCACAUUUACCAUCAUCAAAAAGUCAUAGUUUAUUAUUAUAUAAAUUUUUAUGUCCCCCAUCAAAAGAAGUUCGCAAAAUGAUAUGUUGGUUCUCAAAUUUAUGGAAUGAAAAAUUAGUGCCUUAUUGUAGGGAGUGUAUUUCAAAAGCAAAAUAUUCACCAUUAACAUUAUCAUUAAUUGAAGAACCUCUUAAUAUUGUUGGAAGAGAAUGGCCAUGGUUAAAUAAUACUUAUCAAAAAAAUUUAUUAAUAUCAAUUUUUCAAAAUCAAACUAAUCAAAAUUUUUAUACUAAUGAGAUUGAUUCAAGUUUUGAUCCAUUAGCUGCAUUAAUAAAAAUACAAAAUUGUAAUAAUGAAAGUACAAAAAAUUUUAAUGAGAUUGAUUUUGAUGGAAAUGAUAAAAAAAUGUUGUUUUAA